UACUAAAAUAAGAUAUCAAUCGUCUGAAUAUAUGAAGCCUCCUUCAUCAGUCAAAACCAGUGAGUGCAUUCUUGGUUGGAAGAAUGAAGUACAAGUGCUCGCGUGUCUUCUUGUCGUACGUGGUAUUAUGUACCGCGACAUUUAGCGCUGCUAGUGAAAAUCAAACUGUCAUAACAACAGCAAUUAAGAACAGAAUACGUAAUCCUUUAUCUGAAUUACUCCAGGAUGACUUACCUAUCGUCUUACAAUCUUUGCAAUUAUAUACAACGUCAGCAGAGAAGGAAAUUUUUAAUAGAGAGGAUAGAGAUAGCCGAAAGAUAAAAAAUGAAGUGGCAGAAGAUGAUCCGAAGCUUACAGAUAACUCAAAGAAGUUGUCAAAGCGUGACGUAACAGAUUCAUUGACUUGGGAGUUUUCUAAAGCUAAAUUCGAGCAUUCAGAAUCUUCUCCACAGGAUCCAUUAGAAAGUCAUUCCUGUGAGACAGAGGCUGCAAGCCAUGGUCACAGACAUAAAGUUGGAAUUAUUGUUCAUGAAUAUUUUUGUGAACUGAACAAGUUCUUUCAUUACGUUGUAGACGCUGGGCAAAGUUUAAAGCCUGAAUCUCCGUUGAUUUACUUACUGAACAUAACUGAACAUGCAAUUUCAUUUACCGAACUUGAUGAUCUACCUGAGUUAAUAGAAAUCGGAGUAACGCGCCUUGAAGCAAUUUUAAAACACCCCGAGAAAUUAGAAACGCUAUUGAAUAUUAUAAGAAAAUCUUUUCGUAUCAUUACUCCUAUUUUGAAAAGCGUAAUUAAGUUGAAAGAUUGCACUAAAAAGUUCAUCGCUCAUAUUCAAGAUCUUUUUAAUUAUUUUAAACUUGAUUACGAAUAUAUUGCUGGUAUUUUAAAAGAAUUUGAGAAGAAAGUUUUUACCUUCAUUAAUAUCGCAUUAAGUUUCAUUUAUGGAUGCAUAUUAAAUCCUAUAGAAGAAACAGCAAAUUUAUUUUCUAAUUCAAUCACGUGGCUGGAAACAACAAUCGGUUAUUUGAUAGAUUACGUUCAACAAAAAUUCUAUCGGCAUUUAUCACUUUUGGAAGAAGCUAUUGAUAUUUUACAAGCAUUUUAUAACGGAUAUACUGCUUCUGGGUUUUCGAAAACCUUAAGUAUAGUGUUGCAAGUUCUAGGAUUGUGUAAAAGUCCUACAACAAAUGGAGAGAGUUUGCCGGUUGCUGCUUCUUUUCAAACGUCACAAAGCAGUAUUUUAGGAUUACUUUCGAAUGAAAAGAAUUAAUAUUCAUCAUUCUUUAUAUCAGUAAUUACAAUUCGUUUAUCGAUUUCUAUAUGUAAUUUAUAAUUGAGAAUUGUAACAUCCUGUCGAAUUCUAAUCUCUGCUACAAAUUUAGUAUCUACUUACUAGUAUUUUUAUUAUUAUUUAUUAUAAUUUAGUAUAUUGUAAUGAUUUAUAAUGACGAUCAGAAUACGGUCUCUCUUAGGAUCUACAUUCCUUUCGUUAAUUAGAAUAAUUUUCGAAUUCUUAUCUUCAUCGCAAUUAACUUUUUCUCACGACUGUUAAAAAAUGUUUGAAAUUUAAUAAUUUAUUCUACUUACUAUAUGUAGCUACUGCAUAUAUAUUAAAAUUGUUUAUUCGCAUAAGUGCCGAAAUAAAGAUAUUACGUAUUAAAAAUAUUCUUAUUCGAAUCACAUUCUCUACCGCUAUUGCGCAUAAUUUUGUUUAUACUAAAGAACUUUUGAGUUUCCAAGGGUCGACAAAAAUUCCAUAUUGAUGAGAUAUUCCUUAUUUUGUAUUCGAUCCUUGAAAGAUUAUUUCUAUUUUUGUAAAUCCAACCAUACAAACAGAAAAACAGAUACGUAAAAGCUCAAGCAAUUUAAAGAGUAACUCUGCGAACACCUUUUAUACAAAUAUAUUUACUUGUAUAGCAUUAGUUGAUUUCAAUUACGAUGUAAAACAUGAUGACUACCUAAUAUAUUUAUCGCUAGGAUGUACCAUUAACUUGGCAAAGUAUAUAAAAACAACAUUUUUAAAAGAUCCAGGAAAUGGAAAUACGUUGAUUACACAAUUUCCGCAAAACGUAGAUAAAGCGUUGUGAAAAACGCAAAUCAUGACGUAGCAUGAAAUAAUUGCUCGAUUUCAUCAAAAGUAGCUACUCGGUCGAAGAGCGGUUUAUUUUGUUUCAGUAGAGCGAAGAAGAGUAACGUGUGCGAGUCGUGUCGCUUAGCUGGCGAUAAAGAAAUUGAGAAUAACUUAGAAGUAUAGAGGCUUAAGUGGUUAUUAGCGUGAUCUUUGAUCUUAAUUCGUUUUAUCGUAGUAACACACACCUCGCACGAAGCUUUCAAAGCAGUUUACUACCGUCUCUCUAACAGAAACCGUCGCAUUCUUUCGAGCAAUAGUCCUGACAGAAAAAAACAACGUUCGAUUACAUUAUGGCUCGAUACCUCCUCUUAUUCGCUUUUCUGCUUGUCUGCCUAGUUUAUGUGUUACAGGCUACUCCAGUACCCGAAGAUACACCACAAACUCAAAGUGCUCUUGACGAUCUAACGAACAAAGCGAAGAAGAUAUUCGAUGAUGCAAAAGGAGCAUUUGAAAAUGCGGAUUUUAAUGGCGCCUUAGAGAAAGCGAAAUCGGCUAUUGGACAGGCUACUGACAAUUUUCGAAAAGAGAUAGAGAAACUUACAAAUAAUAAGCGUAAAUAAUCGUUCGAUCAAUUGUUCAUAACUAAAGUUUCUCUACUAUGAAUUUAUAAAUCAGUACAAUUACCUUUUUUAAUAAAAAGGUCCAACAAUUUUCUAACGUUUCUUUAUUAAUAUUGUAUUUUCGUUCGCAAAUAACAGAUUGCAUCAUUCUUGUUAGAUUUGUAAUAUGUAUAAUAUGUACUUAUGUAUAUGUCUUUUGAAAACAGUGUUAAUUUUAACACAAGUAUUAAAAUAAAAAAUAGUAUUUACACAAUCAAUACAUAAACAACGCGUGCUUUAAUGAAUCCAUGAUUUUCCCAUGAUAUAAUUAUGUAUCAUUAAACACAAAUUUUGAAAAUAAAAUGUAAAGAUAAGUAUGUAUAA